ACCUUUAUAAGGCUAUAAAGUGGAAAGUGAUUAUAUAAAAGAACUGGAUAAGAGUGGAACUUGAACACAGAGGACAUGAGUUGUAAAAUUCCCUUUGUAGGAUGUUGACUUAGAACCCUUCAUCAUCAUAGUCACUAUCAGAAUAUUUGGUGUGUUCACUGGUGACCCUAAAGAACCAUUCUGGAAGGUGCUCCCAGAUCCGAUCCUAACUCUCAUUCUUCCAAAAAUAGUUGAGGUCCCACUUAUUGAAAUAGUUUGAGGUCCCAAAUUUUCUGCCUAGUAACCUCACCCUUCCUGAAAGCAUUUUUUUCUUAUUUUAUAAAAAAAUUAUUAGAUUAUUACAUAGAAUAAUAUAUGUGUAUAUAAAUAGGUACACACAUGCACACACAUAAUAGUUUAAAACCCAAUUAACUGUUAAUAUUGCUUUCUAUGCACAAAAGCCUCCGUUGGUUAUUAAAAGAAAUUACAUUAGAAUUAUAAAUCUGGUGAUUAUUUGAGGGGUGAUGAUUCCCAGGUAUGGGCCUUGGGCGCAUGGGUGAAUAUUGAUGCUAUUUGCUCACAUAGAGAACAUAGGAAGGAGAGAAACUAUAAAGGAGAAGAUAAUUGAGCUUUGGACAUGUUGUGAUAUCCAGUUGGAAUUGUCAAGUAGGUCAUUUGAUAUAGAGGACUAGAGGUCACAAUUAAUGGCUCAAGAUGUAGAUUUGAGAACUAAUGGCUUGAGAUGUAGAUUUCAGAGAUUAUUAAUAUAUUGAUGAUAAUUAAAAUUUAGGAACAGGGAUUUCCAGUGGGCAGUGGAUAUAUUAGCCUGAAGUAUGUGUAAUAAAACAUUACUAGACAUAGACCUAGAGGUCAAGGGCCUGGACAUAAUCACUUAUCUGACAUUUUCUUAGACUGGUUUUCUCCUAAAUUCAUUCCCACUCAUCCCCUACACCAACCCACAUCCUAUCUCCAGCCUUCCUUUCUAUUUAAAAACAUCUACAAUUCAACACUUGGACCCUUUACAUUGCAGACAUGCCUUGAUCUCUGUAAAAACACUAUACCUCAAAACUGUAUGCAGAGAAUUAGUAUGUACAUGAGAACACACUGUCAUUGCACUUUAAGCUCUCAUUAUUUUAUGAAACUAUAGAAUGAGUCUAUUUGCAUUGUGAACAAUGUCUCCUAAUUUAUGUAUUUGCUAAGAGUUUUUGUCAGAUUUUCUGUGACCAGUGUGUAUUCAUCUGCUAUAAUGUCAAACCAUUGGGAGGUUUAAGGAGACCCUUGUUAAAAAUGAGAGGGGACUCUUUAUUCUUUUUCUUUCCACUUUCGGGGCAUGAAACAUAGAUACUCAGAACUUAAGUUACUCCUUGCCAGCCAGCCUCUCUGUAAGUCAGCCAUCCUCAGGAAUGUAACUUUCAAUUUUAUUUUUCUCUUAGAUUUCUUUUUUUUUCCUUGCCUUGAAUCACUUAAAAAUGUUUUCUUACCACACCACUUUUGUCACCUCUAGACCUUGGUAGGUUCAUUUAUUUACUUUUUUGGUUUUAGAAUAUUUUAUAUCAGUUCUUUCUCCUCACACUUGAAAUUUUCCUGAUGGAGGCAGCCUUUGGGGGAACGUUUAUCUUGGUCUUAUAUUAGUAGUUGUAAUCUCUGUGGUCCUGAAUUUCUAGAAUCUGUGAUGGUCAGGGACUUCUCUUUGCUGUGUCUCUUUAUUGGCAGUCUCACUUUCUUUCUCUUGUCUUCUCUUUCUCCCUCCAAAAAGCUUCUGCAAAAUGUAUCUUCCCCACCAAUCAUAAUGUUACAGUCUUAGUGUAUGCGGUCUCUAUGGUAACUGGGACACAUGCCACAACACCAAGAUUCCUGGAGCAACCAUCAUUGGCAGGAAAUCGGUGCAUGUACUCCUUUGGCACCAUGGAAGUUUCCCCACUGAAACUGGAAUCAGAUACUACUAUUUUAAUACACAGGGCAAGGAAAGGAGCAGAGGAAAUGCUAUAAACCCAGUCUCUCUACAGGCACAUUAUAGGGUUUUGGGGGAUUCUUGAAGUUAAUCUUAUUUAUUGUAAAUCUAGACUGGUGUGCACACCCUGAUCAGACAUGGAGAAACUGGUUGAAUUAGGGGAGGACAUUCUUUUUCUUACAGACACAUGGCUAGACUCUAAACAAGCUAAUUUUAUUUAAAUUAAGCUAUAUUCUUAGGUAAGCUCAGGGAAAUUACCAAUACACUGUAAAAAUUAUUCCCCACCAUUGUAGAGACAGACUUUUUCAAGUGGUUUCUCCAGCAACUGCAUAUUGACCCAGUGGGGUCAAAAGUCCCAAGGGGGCCAGUUCAUGAAGGGAAUGAGGAUGAAACAAGGUUUCACCCAUCUGAUUGCUUCCUCUAGGACUGAACUUCUCCCAAAUAUAUGGAGGACCAUACUCCCAAAUACAGUAGGACUGAACUUCUCCCAAAUAUAUGGAGGACCAUACUCCCAAGUACAGCCCACUAGUAAAAAGGGCCUAAGGCAGGGUUUUACACCCUCGGCCCUGUUGAGAUUUGGGGAAAGAUAAAUUUUUGUUAUGCAGAGCUAUCCUGUGCAUUGUAGAAUGUUUAGCAGCAUCUCUGGCCUCUACCCGUUAGAUGCCAGUAGCAAUUUCUCCAGUCUUGACACUUAAAAAUGCCUCUAGACAUUGCCAGAUGUCCCCUAUGGGAGCAAAAAUUGCCAGAGGACCACUGGCUUAAAGCAAGAUGCGGCUUGGAUAAGGAAAGAGAGCUGGAGAAUUCCUUCAAAAGCCCGGAAUAUUCAUUCAGUUAGCCAUUCAGCAGGUAUUUAUUGAGUCCCUACUAUCUUCCAGGCACUCUUCUGUGUAGUAAGGAUAUAACUACAAAUAGACAAAGGUCUGAUCUCAUGGCACUUCCCUUCUAGGGGAGGUAUGCCAUGUGUUCCUGACCAGCUGGAUCCCUUUCCCUCCAUACAGCCUAACAGCAAAUGCUUCAAGCCAACUGAGGGCCAAGAAAAGAAAAACACAAGUUCAUAUUGAAGACUCUUUUUCAGUUUAAGAACCUCAGAAAUGGCUAUGAUUUAAAAAUGAAACUUGGCAAGUGAUUAGUUCAUAUGUUUUAGUUUAUAAUGUGUUUUAAUCAUUUUUGGGUGUUUUCAAAACAAAUGGUGAGAUUAGGGGUAUUUUUCCCUUCUAUUUUUGGCCUCUUUCCUCUGGAGAGUCCUUCUCUUAUGUUUAGUUUUGGUGUUCUUAGUGUAUUUGAAGAAUACUUUUAAGUAUUUGAAAUGUGUGCACGUGGAUGAAAGGAAAUGAGGAAGAAGAAACAUAAGGCUUUGUGAUCCCUGCUCAAACAAAGACCCAUACCCCAGCCCCAAAGCCAGUAUUGAGGUACCACUUCCUCAGGGAAGCUUCUCACGAACCUCUCAUGGCCAAGUCCCCUAACCCAGGAGUUCUUCUAGCUCUCUUCACAGAGCCUCAUCACAAUCGUAAUUAAGAAAUGGACUGUGAAAUUAGCUGUUCAGGUGUUUCCCUUUAGAAUGUAGGCUCCAUGGGGGUCAGUACCAUGCCUGCUCUGCCCACAGUUCUGCUAUCUUCAGCACAGGGGCUGACGCACUGGAGGUGCUUAAGAAAUAUAUGUUGAAUGACAUUGACUGACGGAGAAAGCCAGCUUUGGGGAUAUCCUGCUCAAACAGUUUUAGCCUGUGCACUGCCUGUGGAUUACCCUACCUCCACUCUUGGACUUUAUCAUGUUGAUCUUUAUUUUGUAGACUCUGAAGUAAUGUGUAAACUCCUAAAACUAUUAUUAAAUCAGAAAGUCUAAAGAACCGCUUAAGGUCAUUAACCUUAGGGAUAUUUCAGGCUUAUAUGUAGAUUGCAGGAAUGUAAGGGAAAUAACAGGGCAUGGUAUUUAGGAAUAUUUUUAAGUCUUAGUACUGCCCUGGGCAUUGUUCAAGAGUUAGAGGGUUUACAGAAUAAAUGCUUGUGAUUGUCAAUGUGGGGCACAGAGUAAAAUUACAUAAUUUUUUAGCUUGUUUUCAUGUCUGAUGUCUGUUCCCCCCAUUAGAAUUUAAGUUCCAUGAAAGUGGAGAACUUGUCCUAUCUAUAACUUCAUCCUUGGUGCCUAGAAUGUUAUUUGACCCAUAGUAGGUAUUCCAUAAAUAUUUGAUCAAUGAAUAAAUGGCAGGCAUUCAAUCAAUCUUAUGUUGAUUAAUAAAUUAACUGCUUAUUAGUAUUCAAAACAUACAGUAACAUGAUGAAGUUCUUAUUCAUUCAUUCAACAAAUAUUGUUUGAGCUUUUCAUAUAUACCGUGCAUCCUCGUAUCCUAGAGUAGUGUCUAGCACAUAGUAGGUAUCAAUUAAGGACUUGAUGAGUGAAUGAGCUACUUAGUAUUCCAGCAUACUCAAAGAUGUUUAUUUAUUAAAUGUGUUCGUUUACUAGGGCUGCCAAAACAAAGUGCCACAAAACUGGAUGGCUUAAAUAACAGAAAUUAUUGUCUCACAGUUCUAGAUGCUAAAUACUGAAGAUCAAAGUGUCAGUAGGUUCCUUACAAGGGCUCUGAAGAAGAAUCUGUUCGAUGCUUCUCUCCUACCUUCUGAUGAUUCGCUGGCAAUCUUGGGUGUUCCUCAGCUUAUAGAAGCAUAACCCUGAUCUCUGCCUUCAUUUUCACAUGGCAGUCUCCUCAUGUGCUUGUCUGUGUCCAAACCUCCCCUUUUAAAAGGAUACCAGUCAUAUUGGAUUAGCAGCCCACCCUACUCCAGGAUUGCCUCAUCUUUAUUAAUCAUAUCUUCAAUGACCCUAUUCUCAAAUACAGUCACAGUCUGUGGUACUAGGGGCUAAGACUUCAACAUAUGAAUUUGAGGAGGACAUGAUUCAACCCAUAACACUAAAACAGCAGAGAUCUUCAGUUCCUUGACCGUCAUUCUGUGGCCUGCCCCUUCUCUUUAUAUGCAGCCGCUCUCUGCUCCCUGCCCCAAUGAACAUCUGCACUAGGCCCAAGCCUUGGAGUGAUUUACCUGAAGAGUGACACCAUUUAUUUGAAAACUACUAUGAGGAAACUGAAGCCCAGAGAGGUGAAGUGAGGUGCCCAAGGCCACACAGCAAGUUAGAGGCACAGCUAGUACCAUAGCUCAAGUCUCCAGACUCCCAGUCCAGUGCUCCUCCCAUUACUCCACGGGUCCUGUCUCUAAGCUUCCUGACAAAUGCUAGAACGGAAGAAACCCAAGACAGCUGAAAACCAGAAGGCAUCUGAGGAGAAUGAGAUUACUCAGCCGGGUGGAUCCAGCGCCAAGCCGGGCCUUCCCUGCCUGAACUUUGAAGCUGUUUUGUCUCCAGGCCCAGCCCUCAUCCACUCAACACAUUCACUGACAAACUCUCACGCUCACACCGGGUCAUCUGAUUGUGACAUCAGUUGCAAGGGGAUGACCGAGCGCAUUCACAGCAUCAACCUUCACAACUUCAGCAAUUCCGUGCUCGAGACCCUCAACGAGCAGCGCAACCGUGGCCACUUCUGUGACGUGACGGUGCGCAUCCACGGGAGCAUGCUGCGCGCACACCGCUGCGUGCUGGCAGCCGGCAGCCCCUUCUUCCAGGACAAGCUGCUGCUGGGCUACAGCGACAUUGAGAUCCCGUCCGUGGUGUCGGUGCAGUCGGUGCAAAAGCUCAUUGACUUCAUGUACAGUGGCGUGCUGCGCGUCUCGCAGUCGGAAGCCCUGCAGAUCCUGACGGCCGCCAGCAUCCUGCAGAUCAAAACGGUCAUCGAUGAGUGCACGCGCAUCGUGUCGCAGAACGUGGGCGAUGUGUUCCCGGGGAUCCAGGACUCGGGCCAGGACACGCCACGGGGCACUCCCGAGUCGGGCACCUCGGGCCAGAGCAGCGACACCGAGUCGGGCUACCUGCAGAGCCACCCGCAGCACAGCGUGGACAGGAUCUACUCGGCGCUCUAUGCCUGCUCCAUGCAGAAUGGCAGCGGCGAGCGCUCCUUCUACAGCGGUGCGGUGGUCAGCCACCACGAGACGGCGCUCGGCCUGCCCCGCGACCACCAUAUGGAAGACCCCAGCUGGAUCACGCGCAUCCACGAGCGCUCACAGCAGAUGGAGCGCUACCUGUCCACCACCCCCGAGACCACGCACUGCCGCAAACAGCCCCGGCCGGUGCGCAUCCAGACCCUGGUGGGCAACAUCCACAUCAAGCAGGAGAUGGAGGACGACUACGACUACUACGGGCAGCAAAGGGUGCAGAUCCUGGAGCGCAAUGAGUCCGAGGAGUGUACGGAAGACACCGACCAGGCCGAGGGCACCGAGAGUGAACCCAAGGGCGAAAGCUUCGACUCGGGCGUCAGCUCCUCCAUAGGCACCGAACCCGACUCCGUGGAGCAGCAGUUCGGGCCUGGGGCGGCGCGGGACGGCCAGGCCGAAUCCGCCCAACCUGAGCAGGCUGCGGAAGCCCCGGCUGAGGGCGCCCCGCAGCCGCACCAGCUAGAGACCGGUGCCUCCUCCCCGGAAAGGAGCAACGAGGUGGAGCUGGACAGCACGGUGAUCACCGUAAGCAACAGCUCCGACAAGAGCGCCCUGCAGCAGCCUGCGGUCAACACGUCCAUCGGGCAGCCACUGCCAAGUACCCAGCUCUACUUACGCCAGACGGAAACCCUCACCAGCAACUUGAGGAUGCCUCUGACCUUAACCAGCAACACACAGGUCAUUGGCACAGCCGGCAACACCUACCUGCCAGCCCUCUUCACCACCCAGCCCGCGGGCAGCGGCCCCAAGCCUUUCCUCUUCAGCCUGCCACAGCCCUUGGCAGGCCAGCAGACCCAGUUUGUGACAGUGUCCCAGCCCGGCCUGUCAACCUUUACUGCACAGCUGCCAGCGCCACAGCCCCUGGCCCCAUCCGCCGGCCACAGCACAGCCAGUGGGCAGGGCGAAAAAAAGCCUUAUGAGUGCACUCUCUGCAACAAGACUUUCACCGCCAAACAGAACUACGUCAAGCACAUGUUCGUACACACAGGUGAGAAGCCCCACCAAUGCAGCAUCUGUUGGCGCUCCUUCUCCUUAAAGGAUUACCUUAUCAAGCACAUGGUGACACACACGGGAGUGAGGGCGUACCAGUGUAGUAUCUGCAACAAGCGCUUCACCCAGAAGAGUUCCCUCAACGUGCACAUGCGCCUCCACCGGGGCGAGAAGUCCUAUGAGUGCUACAUCUGCAAAAAGAAGUUCUCCCACAAGACCCUCCUCGAGCGACACGUGGCCCUGCACAGUGCCAGCAACGGGACCCCUCCUGCAGGCACACCCCCGGGGGCCCGAGCUGGCCCCCCAGGGGUGGUGGCCUGCACGGAGGGGACCACCUACGUCUGCUCCGUCUGUCCAGCAAAGUUUGACCAAAUCGAGCAGUUCAACGACCACAUGAGGAUGCAUGUGUCUGACGGAUAAGUAGUAUCUUUCUCUCUUUCUUAUGAACAAAACAACAAAAAAGAAA